AUGGCCAAAAAGCAGGAGCCGGGGUUGGCCUCGGACUGCCCGGUCUGCUGGAACGCUUAUGACAACGUUUUCCGGACCCCCAAGCUGCUCCGGUGCCACCACUCCUUCUGCAUCGAGUGCCUGGCGCACCUCAGCCUGGUCUCCCCCGCCCAGAACCAGCUGCCCUGUCCGCUUUGCCGCUGCCUGACGGUGCUGCCUGCCAACCAGCGGGUGACCGAGCUGCCCACGAACGUCGCCGUCUUGCACCUGCUGGGUCUGGAGCCCAAGCACAUCCUGCUGGAGGGGCGGCAGCUCUACCUUAAGGAGCAGCGCAAGAUGAGGUACUUUCUGCGCCAACCCAAGGUCUACACCUUGGACCUGGGCAUGGAGACCCAGCUCAGCACCCAGAGCUACGAGAGCCCCCAACCGGCGACCCCCACCCCCACCCCCACCGUGCCCGGAUGCUCCCUCCUCCGAGAAUGCAUCCGGAACCCUCAGCUCCGGAUCUUCACUUACUUGACGGUCAUUAUCUUGAGCGUGACUUUGCUGCUCGUCUUCUCCAUCUUCUGGACGAGACGCUUCUUCUCAGGCUUGGGGUGA